ACAGUCGGUCAACACGGUGCCUCCAACGACUGCCAACCACUACCAUCGUGCCGGCCUUCGACCUUGCCUCUGUAACCUUAUCCCCAGACGGCCCAUCAUGGCGGACGAAUUCGCGAACCCUCUGGCCGAGUCUGGCGUCACCAUUCGAUCCGACAGUGAACAGUACUCGCAGGGCGAGGACCUCUCUGCGUCCCCUCCCUCGUCUUCCUCCCCCGUUAUUCUCUACAAGCCACCCACGGUGUGGUCCCUGUUGCGAGGUGCUGCCAUCAACCUUUUCUUGCCGUUUAUCAAUGGCAUGAUGCUGGGUUUCGGAGAGUUGUUUGCCCACGAGGCCGCGUUUCGGUUAGGAUGGGGAGGCACCAAGGUAUUUCCCACGACGCGCCGUGCCCAUGCCAUUGGCCCCGGCCUCGAGAUUCGCGAGAAGCGCACACCGCGAACGGAGCUGGACGACCUGACGAAGUGGAAUGGAUUUCUUCAGUCAGAUUACCAUGUCACGGCUGUCAUCUUGGUCGUGCACAUUGACCCAUUUCCCGAGCGCAUCAGCGGUGUCGGCGACUCCACCGAGACCUCCAGGUUUUCCAAUGGUCGACAGUUUGGCACCACUUCACGCAUCGCCAGCACAUCAUGGUCGGGGCUGAGGCCAACAGGAAAGACGCCAGGUCUUGUCCGCACCACUGUCGUCGCCGGCUCGCUUUCUUCCACCCGAACACUCUCCCUGUGGUCCCGGGGCCCCAAGACUGAGGCCACACCAGCACCGGCUACGACCCCCGAGGUCGCCGCCGUCGACACAACGGCCCCUGCCGCCACGACAGCAUCGAUCCCCCCUCCCGAAGCUGCCGUUGCCUCUACCACCCCUUCUUUCGCCGAGGGCGUCGCGUCGGCACCCACUCCUGUCACCGAUGCCUCGACCUUCGAGCUCCUCACCGACACCACCAUUGCCCAGAUGCCCGAGCAGAUUGGCUACCUCAAGGCCAUCGGCCUCGACUUUGGCUACGGCCCCUCCAGUUGCAUGCAAUGGAUCCUCGAGCAUGUGUACAUCUACACUGGUCUGCCCUGGUGGGCCACGAUCGGUAGCACCGUCCUCCUCCUGCGCCUGCUUCUGCUGAAGCCCACACUCAACGCCCAGCAGGGGUCCGCCAAAAUGCAGCAGCUCCAGGGCAACGCCCAGUACGCGGCGCUGAAGCAAAAGAUGCAGGACUCGAUGAAGAGCGGCGACAAGUCGGCCAUGAUGGACGCCCGUCAGUCCAUCAACCACAUCCACAAGCGCGAGGGCGUCAACCCGUUUGCCGCCCUCUGGGGCCUCGUUCAGAUCCCCUUCAGCUACGGUCUCUUCAUCGUGCUCAACAACAUGGCCAAGAUUCCCGUUCCGUCGCUGGAGAACGGCGGCCUCUUGUGGUUCGACGACCUGUCCGUGUCUGACCCCUUCUUUAUCCUGCCCGUCGCCGCGCCCAUCGCCAUGGUCGCCAUGCUCAAGUCCGGUACAAAGUUUGCUCCCGUCCAGCAGCAGGCCCAGAUGAAGCUCAUGAUGUACAUCUUCGUUCCCCUGUCGCUCAUUUUCACAAUUUGGCUCCCCGCCGCCGUCCAGUUCUACUUCCUCUGCUCGACCCUCGUCGGCUGGGGCCAGAACCUCCUCUUCCAGAACCCGGCCUUCCGACGCGCCACCGGCCUCCCUGAGCUCGUCAGGCCCGUUCUCCCCGCCUCGACCUCUCGCAUUAGCGGCGCCAUGUUCUACCCGCCCACCAAGCGCACGGGCUCCACGGAUGCCAACACCAUCGAUGUGACGGCUGUAGAGGAGAAGCCCAAGAACGUCUUCAGCGGCGCCGUCGCAGACCUGAAGCAGACCGUCCACGGAGCCAAGGGUGGCAUGGGCUCCUUUGUCGACCAGGCUCGGCAGGAGCAGGCCGAGAAGAGCAACAAGUCAUGGGAGGAGAAGCGCGCCGAAGAGGACAAGAGGCGCUUCAAGUCUGAUUUGAAGAGGAGAGCGAAGUAG